UUGAAGUCUCUAUGUAUAGGGUAAAGUAUGUCCAUUUUUCCACCUUGUAUCAAUGGGCUGACAGCCAAUUUCAACAAAGGUGUGCCAAAAAAUCUGCUGCAAAUCUUGCCAAACAUAGGGCUGGACCCCCACACCUUCAAAAUUCUAAUGUGUUCAAAGCAACCUUUCCUUUUCCUCAAUUCAAACAUAGGUCACUAAUGCAUUAUUGUUGAGUAGAGGAGGUUGCCUUUGCCUUCAACCAUUCCUUUCUUAUCCUAUGUUGCUGGACUUAUCAAAUAUGUCUGUUGGUGUGUCUUGAUCCUCCAAAAGUAAUACUCGGCCUCCGUUUCAAUUUAUUUGUCUGAUUUUGACUUGAUAUGAAGUUUAAGAACCUAAAGAACUGGUGUCCUUCCAGAUAUAAGUAUUAGAAGUGCUGAAAGUGUCUUCAUACUAAAUAUGGAACCUUUAAACGAACUUUGUCUAGCAGCUCUCACCCUUUCAAUUGUGUUCCUUACAAUUCUGUGGUACAAAUUGACAUCACACAAGGAAGAACCCAAGCUGCCACCAGGGCCUCGUGGUCUUCCGAUUGUGGGAUUCUUACCAUUCCUCCGCACCAAUUUGCAUCACCAGCUCACGGAGUUGUCUCAACAAUAUGGUCCAAUUUACAAGUUUUGGCUAGGAAGCAAACUAUGUGUUGUGUUGAAUUCACCAUCCUUAGCCAAAGAAGUUGUUCGUGAUCAAGAUUCCGUUUUUGCUAACCGUGACCCUCCAAUUGCAGGAUUAGUAGGUACUUAUGGUGGACUAGAUAUUGGAUUUUCUCCCUAUGGCUCCUACUGGCGUGAUAUGCGAAAAGUGUUCGUAAGGGAAAUGCUAAGCAACAAGAACCUUGAGGCCUGUUAUAGCCUUCGGAGACACGAGGUCAGAAAGACAAUCAGAAAUGUGCAUACCAAGAUUGGUAACCCCGUUGACAUUGGUGAAUUGGCCUUUGUGACUGAAAUGAAUGUAGUCAUUAGUAUUAUCUUUGGCAGCAAAUUUGUCGAGGAGACGGAGAAGCGUAGUAAGGAUGGAACUGAAUUCAGGGAAUUGGUGAUGAAAUAUGGUCAAGUGGUGGGAAAGCCUAACAUAUCAGACUUCUUCCCUAUGCUUGCCAGGUUUGACUUACAAGGAAUAAAGAAAGAGAUGGAGGCUCUUUUGAAGUUGGUUGAUAGUAUAUUGGACCCUGCCAUAAGUGAAUGCAUGAAGAUGCUUUCGGACCGAAGAGAGGGUGAAAUCCAGAGGAAUGAGAAGAAACAUCUUAUACAGAUCCUGUUAGAGCUAAUGGAGCAGAAAGACAUUGGUAUAUCACUGGACUUAGUGAAAAUUAAGGCCAUCUUGGUGGACAUUGUGAUCGGUGGGACUGACACUACAAUCACAACGGUUGAGUGGGUAAUGUCUGAGCUUCUGAAUAAUCCGGAGAUAAUGUCAAAGGUGCAGCAGGAAUUGAAACAUGUUGUAGGGAUGAAUAACAUUGUUGAAGAAUCCCAUUUACCAAAUCUGCAUUAUCUUGACGCUGUUUUAAAGGAGACGUUACGUCUACACCCUGCAUUACCACUGCUUCUCCCAAAGCGUCCGAGCCAAUCUGCAAUAGUAGGUGGAUACAAAAUACCUGAGGGAACUAAAGUAUUCUUGAAUGUUUAUGCAAUUCAUAGGGGUCCUCAAGUGUGGGAAAGUCCACUAGAAUUCCAACCUGAAAGGUUUUUGAGUCCCUCGACUAAUUUAGACUAUGCUGGAAAUAAUAUGAAGUACCUUCCAUUUGGAUCAGGGAGAAGAAUUUGUGCUGGAAUUCCUUUAGCAGAGAAAAUGCUUAUGUUUAUAUUGGGUUCAUUGCUUCAUUCCUUUGACUGGAAACUCCCUGAGGGAGAAAUCGUUGAUCUUUCGGAGGGAUUUGGACUCGUCCUCAAGAAAAGUGAGAGGCUAUUGGUCAUCCCUACUCCCAGGUUACCGAAUUUCAAGCUAUAUCAGUAAAACCAUGAAACUAUAAGGACCUUGACAUGAUAUUUAUAAUAUCAGAGUACGUAUUUUAAAUAAAACAUGAUGUUGGUUGGUCACUUUCUUUCACCUGUUCAAAGUUCAAACCAAUAUUGGUCACUACUGCAUUAUUGCUGAGGUCUGAGGAGACGAGAUCGCAUUGACCCGUUCAUAUCUUCUGGACUUUCAAAAAUGUCAGCUUGGUGCAUGCAUGUAUCAGAUCCUGAGGAUCAAAUACGGGUAUGACAACAUUCAUUAGUUUGUUGUAAACAAUGAGUGCUGGUAUAACCGGACUUGUCCUUAUUUUUAGGACUACUAAUGUUUGUUUAGUCAAGCUUCCAAAAUCUAUUUAUUUUGAAAAGUAUUUUUUGUUAGAAGUGCUCAUUGAAAGAAGUUAUUUUUUUGGAAUAUAGCAGUUUGUCAAUAUCAUCGAUUUGUGUUUGAUCGAGAUUUCAAAGUGCUUUAGGAGUAAAGCAAUUUUUGUCAACUUAUGCUACUACUC